AUGACGGGCGGCUCUCUCGUUGACCCGUCGUUUGAACUCCUGGAUCCGUGCCCGGAUAUCCAUGCGUUGUUCGUGCAAUUUGACGCGCGAUUUUUCGGCGGUUCUCUCGCGUGUUGUGAAGUGAAAUGGAGUCCGAGAAUGUAUUCAUGCGCCGGAAUCUGUUCGUACGAAGUGCGUGGCGGUCGUGGCGGUCUCUGCUCAAUUCGACUCAGCAAGCCACUUUUAGCGUUGAGACCACGAAAAGAUCUUGUUGAGACUCUAUUGCACGAAAUGAUCCAUGCGUAUCUAUUCGUCAAGGAGCGAAACCGCGACCGCGACGGUCACGGUCCUCACUUUCAGUCGCAUAUGCAUCGAAUCAAUCAGGCGGGCGGUACGAAUAUCACAAUUUAUCAUAGUUUUCAUGACGAAGUCCGUUUGUACAAAAAACACUGGUGGCGGUGUACGGGACCGUGUAAAGAUAGGCGACCGUUUUUUGGUUAUGUGAAGAGAACGUGUAAUCGGGCACCCGGACCCAAUGAUCGAUGGUGGGCACAGCAUCGACAGACGUGUGGAGGUGACUUCAUCAAAGUGAAAGAACCCGAAGGAUUCGGUGCCAAGAAACCCACAAAAACCACUCCAGGCCCCGCCCCCAAAACCAAGAAAUCGCCACCGCCGAAAGUGACUCUAGAUGACUAUUUCAAUAAACCAGGCACAUCUUCUUCUUCGUCUCCUAAAAAAUCUCCAAUUACCCCAUUUUCCGGCGGCGGUCAGAAGUUGGGCGGAGCUUCCUCGACGUCAUCACUUCUGAAUCCUGGAUCUGGAGGCGUCCGUCUCGGCGGCUCCGGUGUCAGUCGGCUCCUCCCACCGAUUCAUUUCUCGCCGACACCUUCUUCAUCGGCUCCAGAAGUCGUGACACUCGACGACGACGACGAGCCAGAAGACGCGCUGGAGAUGUCAUUCGUGUUGAAUUCGACGACAGUCAUCUGCCCAUCGUGUAACCAAGAAGUGCUCGAGAAUCUCAUUCAUGGACAUCUCGACUAUUGUCUCGCCUAA